CUUCCGACAAGGUAAAAUUGCAUGACUGGCGGGGUGGUCUCCUUUCUGUUAUAUUCCCCAUUUCCUUAUGUCUUAGCACGAGAUCGACAGUAGUGGGGCUACAGCACUGAGUCAGGAAUUUGGAGAGGAGUUUUUCAAUCACUUUGUUUCCUUUUGUUGCUAGGAUACCCGAGUGCUAGACGUGAUGGCGUCGACCAAUCUUUGCUGGUGCUUUGCGUCCCAACCCAUCUUGCGUCCCUUUCAGCUGUUUCAUCCGUUCGAGUCUAUCACUCCGUUCCGUAGCUGGCUUACCGAGCGCUCCGCCUGCGUUGGCGUUGAGCUGGAGAGGCGAUGAUAGAUCACGGCUACCGUACCUAGUUCAAUACAGAAUCAGGUUUCCUUGCAGGCAAACAGUUCACCGCCUCCCCGUCUUUGCCAGCGUGCCUUCUAAGAAAUCUUCGAUUCAUCGCAGCGACGCGCAGCACACAAAACAUUUUCACUGUCACAUGAAAAGCAGCCGUAACUAUACAGCCUCGCCUCGCACCUCCAUACGCACAACCGAUCAUCAGGCUAUCUCUUAUCUCAGACCCCAGCACCCACACGCCUCUGCUCUGCUCCGCUCCACUCCACCACAGGCACACCGUGCGUUGCUGCGCCUGCGCCCCGCCCAAACCGCCAGCCAUACAGCCAAGAAGGCACCGGCUCCACCCUCAUACAGAUGUCGCCCUCCCCAUCGCAGUCGCGCGAUGAUCUUCCGUAUCACGCCUAUAUUAAGAUCCCCCACUGCCGAGCGCAGCCACUUUCGGCUCAUCGUGCAUGGGCGGUGCACGUUCCGAUUUGCCCGCGUUUCCGCAUUUGCAUUGCAUGAGCAAAAGAUAUGUAGCAGAGUAUGCAGGUAGGUAAGUGGUCGUCGGGAUGGCUGUGGAACGUCUCGCAGAACUGGGACUCUUUGGAAGAGAAAAAAGAAAGAUAGGGGUACGGUACGGUAGGGCAUGUGUUUCGAAGGUUGGGCGGUGCGUGAGGUGAGGUGAGGUGAGGUGCGUGCAGAUAAGCUUGAUGCAGGGAAAGCGGGAGCCACCCAGGAUCCGAGAACGCGAUGACGGAUGGUGGCGCGUUGAGGGAAAAAAGCCCAGCCAGUGGUGUUACUGUAACAGUAGCAAUUGCAAACUCCACCGCGACA